AUGCUUUACAAUGGCAAAAUAACCAUGAAAAUUAUAUAAAUCUAUUAGAGAACAAGGUCCAAAGUCUUGAAAAAGAUAUAGAAAACCAUAAAGGUUAUAUAUGUAAAUUAAAGGACAAGAUUCAAAGUCUUGAAAAAGAAAAUGAUAUACAAUCUUUGAAUAAUACUAAAAAAGAUUUAAAAAAUAAAAUAGAUCAGAUCAAUUGA